AUGUUCCCCAAUGGCACCGCCUCCUCUCCCUCCUCCUCUAGCCCCAGCCCAGGCAGCUGUGGCGAAGGCGGCGGCAGCAGGGACCCCGGGGCCGGAGCUGCAGACGGGAUGGAGGAGCCGGGGCGAAAUGCGUCCCAGAACGGGACCUUGAGCGAGGGCCAGGGCAGCGCUAUCCUCAUCUCUUUCAUCUACUCCGUGGUGUGCCUGGUGGGGCUGUGUGGGAACUCCAUGGUCAUCUACGUGAUCCUGCGCUACGCCAAGAUGAAGACGGCCACCAACAUCUACAUCCUCAACCUGGCCGUCGCCGACGAGCUGCUCUUGCUCAGCGUGCCCUUUUUGGUCACCUCCACGUUGCUUCGCCACUGGCCCUUCGGCGCGCUGCUCUGCCGCCUCGUGCUCAGCGUGGACGCGGUCAACAUGUUCACCAGCAUCUACUGUCUUACCGUGCUUAGCGUGGACCGCUACGUGGCCGUGGUGCACCCCAUCAAGGCAGCACGCUACCGCCGGCCCUCCGUGGCCAAGGUGGUGAACCUGGGCGUGUGGGUGCUAUCGCUGCUCGUCAUCCUGCCCAUCGUGGUCUUCUCGCGCACGGCGGCCAACAGUGACGGCACGGUGGCCUGCAACAUGCUCAUGCCCGAGCCCGCCCAGCGCUGGCUGGUGGGCUUCGUGUUGUACACUUUCCUCAUGGGCUUUCUGCUGCCCGUCGGGGCCAUCUGCCUGUGCUACGUGCUCAUCAUCGCCAAAAUGCGCAUGGUGGCCCUAAAGGCCGGCUGGCAACAGCGCAAGCGCUCAGAGCGCAAGAUCACCCUGAUGGUGAUGAUGGUGGUGAUGGUGUUUGUCAUCUGCUGGAUGCCUUUCUAUGUGGUGCAGCUAGUCAACGUGUUCGCAGAGCAGGACGACGCCACGGUGAGCCAGCUGUCGGUCAUCCUCGGCUAUGCCAACAGCUGCGCCAACCCCAUCCUCUAUGGCUUCCUUUCAGACAACUUCAAGCGCUCUUUCCAGCGCAUCCUUUGCCUCAGCUGGAUGGACAACGCCGCCGAGGAGCCAGUCGACUACUACGCCACGGCCCUCAAGAGCCGCGCCUACAGUGUGGAGGACUUCCAGCCUGAGAACCUGGAGUCCGGCGGCGUCUUCCGUAAUGGCACCUGCACGUCCCGGAUCACUACUCUCUGAGCCCCGGCCAAGCAGGGGCUUUGUACCAAGAGAAGGGGAGGAUGAGGAGAAAGGAAGGCCGGGUGCGAGAGGUGAAAGUAUCCCAGGAGUCAGGGUGCAAUGGGAAAAGUGGGGCUAGGACACUGUGCGCUUCUGGUGGAGACCCGGGAAAGGCGUGCGGCAAAGGUGGAAUUGGACGCUUUGCUUAUAAACUGGGAAGACUAGCGGGCCCCUUUCUCCUCUUUCGCUUCUUCCUCCCCUUCGAUUGUACUUCUGCAUCCCUCUUUGCCCCUCCCUUGGCAAUUUCGGUCUUUCUUUCCGUCCCGUCCUACCGGUGCAGAUCGUGAACUUAUUAACGUCGCCAGCUGAGC